AUGGCCGAACCGAUCAUUCCAUCUGGCUCCGGCAACAAGCCUCUAUCCAAGCCCGCUCAUGCUCUCACAUACGAGGCUGUCAUCAACGAACUCCAAGCCGACGACAACGCUGGUCUAUCCUCGGUCGACGCCAAAGAGCGUCUCGAAGUCUAUGGAUCAAAUGAUCUCGGUGACGGCGCCGGUGUGCAGCCUGGCAAGAUUCUUCUUCGCCAGGUUGCUAAUGCUAUGACUCUAGUGCUCAUCAUGGCCAUGGCCGUGAGCUUCGGUAUUGGAUCCUACAUUGAAGGUGGCGUAGUCACCGCUGUCAUCGUUUUGAACAUUGUCGUUGGUUUCUGGCAGGAGUUCAAUGCUGAGAAAACCAUGGACUCGUUGAAGAGUCUUAGUUCUCCAACAGCUAGUGUUGUUCGCGCGAGCGAAAACAUCACGAUUCCUACGGUUGAAAUCGUACCCGGUGAUAUGGUUGAUUUGAAGACAGGAGAUACUGUUCCUGCGGACUUGAGACUUUUCGAGGCCGUCAACUUCGAGACCGAUGAAGCAUUGCUUACCGGUGAAUCCCUCCCUGUCCGCAAAGACCCAGUUGCCGUAUUUCCCGAUGAUACUGGCCCUGGAGAUCGAUUGAACAUCGCCUACAGCUCUUCGACGGUGACAAAAGGCCGAGCUAGAGGGAUUGUCUUUGCUACAGGGUUGAAUACCGAGAUCGGGUCCAUAGCCGCCGCYCUCCGCGCAACCGGAUCGAAGGUUCGUGCCGUGAAGCGCAAUGAUCAGGGAAAAGCUGGCCCACAUCGCUAUGCGCAAGCCUGGAGUUUGACGGCAUCGGACGCCGUCGGACGGUUCCUUGGAGUCAACAUCGGAACACCUCUGCAAAAGAAGCUGUCCCGGCUCGCGAUUCUUCUCUUUUGCAUUGCGGUAGUCUGCGCAAUCAUUGUACUCGCGGCGAACGACUUCUCCAAUGAGCGCGAAGUUAUCAUCUACGCCGUUGCCACGGGAUUGAGCAUGAUUCCUGCCUCACUGGUAGUAGUUCUCACGAUUACUAUGGCUGCUGGGACCAAGCGCAUGGUCGAAAGACAUGUCAUCGUACGCAACUUGAAGUCGCUAGAGGCACUCGGCGCUGUUACGGAUAUCUGUUCCGACAAGACUGGAACUCUUACCCAAGGCAAAAUGAUCACCAAGAAGGCAUACAUCCCAGCGUGUGGGACAUUCUCUGUGGAAGAUGCUAAUGAGCCAUACAAUCCAACUGGCGGAUUCGUAACGCAGACCAUGGCCUCGUCCGAGUCAGUAGAAAGCGAGAAAAGUAAUGCGCCAAUGGACACAGCCCUCGCAAAGUCCGACGCCAAUCUUGGUUCCUUCCUCGACGUUGCAGCUCUUGCGAACAUCUCAACCAUCUGGAAAGGAAAGGAAGACGGAGAGUGGCACGCAAGAGGUGACCCAACUGAGAUUGCCAUCAACGUGUUUGCCCUUCGCUUCGGUUGGUCUCGACAGGAUCUUAUUGGCACGGAGCGCCCAGUAUGGAAGACGCUGCUGGAAUUCCCAUUCGACUCUGAUGUAAAGAAGAUGUCGGUUAUCUUGGAAAACACAGGGACCGGAGAUUUACAGGUUUUCACCAAGGGAGCGGUUGAGCGUGUUCUCCAAAGCUGCUCCAACUUCCAUGCCACAAGCGACUCCGAUGACACGACUGAGAUGACCGACGACCAUCGAAACCGCAUACUCAACAAAAUGGAGGACUUUGCGUCUUACGGCCUUCGUGUUUUGGCUCUCGCCAGCCGGAUCGCACCAUCCCAUCUCAACUAUGAGAAAGAGCUCGACCGCAACCAAGUAGAAUGCGAGUUGACGUUCCGGGGUCUGAUUGGUCUUUACGACCCCCCAAGAGCAGAGUCCGCCGGCUCCGUCGAGGAGUGUCGUCAGGCAGGCAUCGAAGUGCACAUGUUGACAGGUGACCACCCCGGAACUGCACGCGCCAUUGCCAUCGACGUUGGAAUUCUUCCAUCCCACAAGAAGAUGGAGAAUUUGCCAAAGGAUGUCGCUGAUUCUCUCGUCAUGACCGCUGGCGAAUUCGACAAGCUCAGCGAUGACCAGAUUGAUAAACUGCCCCAACUGCCGCUCGUUGUGGCACGAUGUGCCCCAAAUACGAAAGUCCGGAUGAUUGAGGCUCUGCAUCGUAGGAAGCGCUUUGCAGCUAUGACUGGCGAUGGUGUCAAUGAUUCUCCAUCGUUGAAGCGCGCUGACGUGGGUAUUGCCAUGGGUCAGGCGGGAUCCGAUGUUGCAAAGGAUGCCUCGGAUAUCAUUCUCACGGACGACAACUUUGCAUCCAUCACUAAUGCCAUUGAAGAAGGCCGGCGCAUGUUUGACAACAUCCAGAAGUUCAUCCUUCACUUGCUCGCCGAGAAUAUCGCACAGGCAUGCACUUUGCUCAUCGGUCUUGCGUUCAAGGACUCCCGCGGUCUUUCGGUGUUCCCUCUGGCGCCAGUCGAGAUUCUCUGGGUCAUCAUGAUCACGUCGGGAAUGCCUGACAUGGGUCUCGGCUUCGAAGUUGCAACCCCUGACAUCAUGAACCGGCCGCCUCAGUCCCUGAAACGAGGCGUGUUUACUUUGGAAGUCAUGGUGGACAUGCUCGUUUACGGUCUUUGGAUUGCAGCAUUGUGUUUGGGCGCCUUUUCCCUGGUCCUCUUUGGAUUCGGUGAUGGCAACCUUGGAGUAAACUGCAACGACUCCUACUCGGCCGAUUGUGAUACUGUAUUCAGAGCCAGAGCGACAUGCUUUGCUUGUCUCACUUGGUUCGCGCUAUUCCUCGCCUGGGAGUUGGUUGACAUGAGAAGGAGCUUCUUCCGGAUGCAGCCUGGCAGCAAGAAGUACUUUACACAGUGGAUCUAUGAUGUUCGUCGCAACAAGUUCCUCUUCUGGGCUAUCAUUUUCGGAUUUGUGACCAUAUUCCCUACGCUUUACAUCCCGGUCAUCAACCGUGUGGUGUUCAAGCAUGAAAAGAUCACGUGGGAAUGGGCAGUCGUUGUGGUUGCGACGAUGCUUUUCUUCGCUGGCGUCGAGGCCUGGAAGUUUGCCAAGAGGGUUUACUUCCGUCGAACUUCAGGAGUUCGUUCCGCUGGCAUUGAUUGGGAGAAAGAUGAAACAUCGGAUGCGGAGAAGGGCGACAUCGACCAGAAAGCGUGA